CCCAGCCUUUCUCUUUCCCUCCCUCCCUCUCUCUCUCUCUCUCUCCCUCUCUCUUUCUCCCUCCCUUACUCGUUCUCUCAUGAAUGUCACCUUUACUGGUGGCAGCGUCUGGAUUCGCUCCCUUCCUCGCGAGCGCACACACAAACUCUCUCACACACAAGCUUUGGGGGUGGGGGGCAGGUAGGGUUGUGGGAAGAGAGAGAGAGAGAGAGACAGCAUGCCAAAAGAGGCGGAAGGAAUUUUCUCCCUCCGUCCAUCCUCCUGUGACCGGCUUCAUUUGUCCGUCUCUUGCAUUACAGAUGCUGAAAGUCGCUGUGGAAACGGACAGGGCUGGAUUACCGCUCUAGAUUAUUUUUCAGCGGACGCUAAACUUAACUGUCCGGCCGCUGGGGUCUGAGCUGACCAUCUGGCAGAUAUUUGCAGGACCUCUCCGAAUAAUCCGGCAGAAAGGGAAGGAAAACUUUACAGCGGGAGUAGACGGAGGAGAACGCUGGGUCGGUAAGGUAAUUCUGUUGUUCUUUUGAAGAAGCGUUCAGAAAACAAACUUCAGCCACAUCAGUGCGUUCCUCUUCUCAGGAGCCAGUCUGGAAGGGGAGGGUCCGGGGCGAGUACAAUAAUGUGAACGACUUUGCAACGAUGACUUCCUCAACGUCUUCCUCGUUUCUCUUUCGUUGGAAAUGUAUCUACGAUGUUUUACCUUCCUGGACUUUUUUCAGAGCUUGUUUACGGUUCCUGAGGCCGGUAUGAUGAAGGGUAAACCCAAAGCGGGUGGAGACUCUACUAGAACUUAACCUUUUGUAAUUUUCUAGAUUUCUACCACUUUCAAAGCAGCAGACUCCAAGCUAGCACCUUCUGAUCCCCCGUGAGGGGGGGUCCCUCCUACUUUUUGUCUCUGGGGCAGGGCAGGUGAACGAGGAAGCACCAGAGAACAGGUCCCGAGGACUUCCCGAGACCCCCCUCCCAAAAGUGAGAGGGGGGGAAGAUGGCAGCUCUCGCCAGCUCACUCAUCAGACAAAAACGGGCGGUCAAGGACGACCAGGCCAACCGGCCCAUCGCCAACAAGCGCAAGCCGUGUCCAAAGAGCAACAAGUCGCUCUGCCAGAAACAAAUCCUCGUCCUCAUCUCCAAAGUGCGACUAUGUGGCGGGAGAAGAGGGAGAACAGAAAAAAGGCCAGAGCCUCAGCUAAAAGGCAUUGUCACCCGACUGUACAGCCAGCAUGGCUACUACCUCCAGAUGCAGCCGGAUGGCACCAUGGACGGCACAAGGGACGAGAGCAGCUCCUUCUCACAGUUCAACUUGAUUCCUGUGGGCCUGCGGAUAGUGGCGAUCCAGGGGGCCAAGACAGGGCUUUAUCUGGGCAUGAACAGCGAGGGGUACCUCUAUACCUCGGAGCACUUCAACCCAGAGUGUAAGUUUAAAGAGAGCGUCUUUGAGAAUUACUACGUGACCUACUCGUCCAUGCUGUACCGGCAGAGCCAGUCCGGCCGCUCGUGGUACAUCGGUAUCAACCGUGACGGACAGGUCAUGAAGGGAAAUCGAGUUAAGAAGACCAAAGGAGCCGCCCACUUCCUGCCUAAAGUCAUUGAAGUCGCCAUGUACAAGGAGCCAUCACUGCACGAGUUGGUGUCGGAGCAGAGCCCCCCUCGAAAGACGGUGAAGACCUCAGACUCGCCGUCGCAUCAAAACGGCCACAAGGAGGCACCCAGGGCUGAAGCCUCGUAGCACAGGGGCCAGGAGGGAGGGGGAGGGCGCGGGAACUCCAUUUCCCUUCAUGCACUGGGGCGCAAAGGUCACAUCUCGUGCCCCCAAAAGCCGCCGGCUGAGGGCUGGCCACAGUGGGCCGGUGGAGGGGGGGGUCAGUCAGCAGGCCCCCUAGGCCAAACCCUUCAGCACCAGAGAGGGGAAGCCGCUGUCGUUCUCUUUUGUCUGAUACAGUGGGCCUGGAGGAGCAGCCCACACUUCAUUUUUCCCAGCAUGAGCCUUUCUUAACCUUCCAAAUCACCCUCCCAGUUCCAGCAAGCCACAAACCCCACCCAGUGGCCCCCCAGGGUCCCACACCAGCUACAAACAGACUUAAACAGUGGCAGUUAGCCCUGAAUAUGACAAUUACACCAAAUGCAGGCAGAACAAUGUCAGACAUAUCUUAGCGAAAUGGGAAAAAUCAAUGCUAUGAGUUUACUUGACUGACAUGAGAACAUCGGCCCCACAUGAAUGAAGCAAAAACCUUUAGCUUUGUGCUGUUUUUUUUACAAUUUAGCAAACAAAAUAAGCCCCUAAUAUUGCUUCAAACACAUAUUUUAAAGGGCCAAUUUUUAUUGCAUUUCAUCCAUGUGUGUGUUUUUAAGUCAUUCAUUUUUAUAUGACCAUUUUUUAAAAAACUGUCCCUUAGAAAUAAAUAGGUAAUUUUUGGUACUGCACCUUUAAGACGUGAAGAUGUGUAAAAUAGCUCUGUUUUUGUUCUGAUUGGCUGCCCUUUAUUAUGGUCCCUCGUUGCAGUCCAGACUGUAACACUCCUUAUAACUUCACUUUGAAUCUAAAUGGACUUUAGAGUGUUUUUUGCGCAGGUUAGUUUCUACGUUUUUAAACAUAUCUUUCACUAAAAAAGGAGUUCCGGCAACUUAAAGAGGCUUGUGUUAAUUAAAAAAACCUAAAAAUUAAGAAUGGGCUGUUUCUGCAGCUGUGUGGAAUGAUGAGUGCAUUGUUUUCCAUGAUAUGAUCAUUUUAAACUUUUCUUCCACCAAAAAAAAGUAGUUCCAGCUGCACAGAGUUGAAAGUUUUAGCUUAGCUUAAAAUGAGACAGGGCUAAACUGUGGUGUAAAUGGCUUGUUUUCUUUGUAAUAUCACAAAAACACUGGAUUUGCAAUGGACUGUUUUUUACUCCACCAAAAAAAGUAGUUCCAGCUGCUUAGAGUAUCGUAAAAAGGCUUCACUUUAGUGUAAAUUAGGCAGGGCUAAACUGAUGUGUAAAUAGCCUGCUUUUUUUUUUAAUCACAAAACACUGGAUUCAGUAUGGGUUGUUUUUGUAGCUUGGCAGCUUCGGUUUUAUAUGAAAACUGUACAGAUGUGGGAGUAUGUUUUGUAUCAGUGUUUUUUUUCAUGAUAUGGGACUUUUUUUUAACGUUUCUUCCACAAAAAAAAUAAAAAAGUAGUUCCAGCAGCUUAGAGUAUAGAGACUUCUUCACUUUAGUGUAAAUUAGACAGCGCUAAACUGGCUAAUCUGUAAAUGGCUCUGAAUUCAGAAUAGACUGUAUUUGCAGUGCGUAUAUUUUGAAGGCCUUUUAACUGUUAUUCCGCCAGAAAAAAAAAAAUAGUUCCAGCAGCUUUGCAUAUAGAGGCUUCUCUAAGAUCAGUGUGAUUGAGUCGGGUCUAAAUUGCUAUGUAAAUGCACUAUUUUUUGUGUGACAUCAUGAAAUCUGAGCAUGUAAAGAUGCCUAAAAACCAGUGGUCAGUUACCCCAGACAUAACAGCAUGGGAUAGCCAGUGGGAGGAGCCUGCUGUUGUACAAUUAUGCAAUUUCAUGACAGUCAGUGCUUAAAUUAUAAAAAUAGACUAAUUGUAGUGGUGAUGUAACAUAUGUGUUAUUUAUGUGGGCCGGCGCAUUUCAGUCAAGUGAACUCAAAGCAGUGUUUGUCAGAGUGUUCUCGAGGGCCUGAUUUCGUUUUUUCGUGUUCCAUUUUUCUUCUUUUGAUCGUGCUUGUUGCUGUGAGGGGUCUUCUGAGUGUGUGAGUUUGAGAAAGAGCAUAAGAGAGAGAGAGAAAAAGAGAAAAAGAGUGAUAGAAGGAGAGUAAUAAAUAAUAAUAAAUGAACAGCACACCUGAGCAACCUGCUGGUUCAAUCACCGCAGCAGUGGCACCUGCACUCCAUUCGCUUAGCCAAUCAGAGCCCAGCCAGCAGGAGGGCACAGUAAAAUCAAUGCUUUAUUGGACAGCUCAAGGAGGCUACGUUUCUAUUGGACGGCUAAGAGGCGGACAACUGAUUGAUAUCUGCUGGACGAUGGCCAGACGAGGCAAUUCCACUGGGCAGCAUCUUUGAUUGGAGGCAACAAAAGAAGACGGCGCCGUCUAAUCAGAUUUUAGCAGGUGACCUUCUCAACCACUUUUAACAAAAACAAGGCCAGUUAUUUGUCCUCCCUCCUUCCAUCACUCCCCCAAACUCUCUCGCUUUCUCUCUCUCUCUCUCACUCACAUUUAAUGUCAUUCUAAUCUGUCUCUGCUUAAAAUGUGUCAUGACCCAGCACGGUCACAUGACUGCGUCUCUAGUGACCACUGGACGGGUCUAUUCACAGAUGUCUGUUUGUUUUAUCAGGGCCGAAUAUGCAGGGAUUAUAACAGGCCGUUGUUGCGCCAGCACUUUUGAUGGGAUUCUUUCAGGGGAUUAUAUGAGUUAUAGGAGUUCAGCCAUGAGUCACACACUAGUGAAGGGCAGCAUUCGCACGACCUUUAUUUGCAUGACACCUACGUGAACAUAUAGAAAGACUGAUUACAACAAGAUAAGGCCAUGUAACAACUACACAAGUCUUCCACAGACAAGUCUACAACAGACAAAAACCUUUAUAUACAUUUAUGAAGGCUUAUCACAAGCCGAUAAGGCGAUAUGACAUCUACAUAAGUCUAUAUAACAUUUAUACAGGCUUAUUACAAGCUGAUAAGGCAAUAUGACAUUAUAUAAGCCUAUAUAAACCUUUAUAAAGGCUCAUAACAUGACAAUAAGGCAAUAUGACGCCUACAUAAGCCUGUAUAAACAUUUAUACAGGCUUAUGACAUGGCAAUAAGGCAAUAUGACACCUACAUAAGCCUAUAAAAAGGAUUAUUACAACAAGAAAUCCAUGUGACAUUAACGUACAUGUUUAAAAAGGCUUAUUAUAACAAGUUAAGGCCAUAUGACACCUACACAAGCCUACAUAAAUGUUUAUAAAGGCUUAAUACAACAAGAUAAGGCAACGUAACAACUACACAAGCCUUCCACUACAACAACAUUAACCUACAUAAACUAUUAUGAAGUCUGAUUAAAAUAAGAUAAGGCCACAUACCAACUACACAGUCUUCCAAUACAACAGACAAAACCCUACAUAUACAUUUAUGAAGUCUUAUUACAAGCCGAUAAGGCAAUAUGACAUCUAGGUAUGCCUAUAUAAACAUUCAUGAAGGCUUUUUACCACAAGAAAUCCAUGACACCAACAUAUUUAAUAAGCCUUAUUAUAACAAGUUAAGGCCAUGUGACAACUACACAAGCUUACAUAAAUGUUUAUGAAGGCUUAUUACAGCAAUAUAAGACCAUGUAACUGCUACACAAGUCUUCCACUACAACAACAUUAACCUGCAUAAACAAACUCUUAUGAACCCUUAUGACACCUACAUGACCAUAUACAAAGACUGAUUACAACAAGAUAAGGCCACGUAACAACUACACAAGUCUUCCACUACAACAGACAAAAACCUACAUAUACAUUUAUGGAGACUUAUUACUACAAGAAAGCCCUAUGACGCCAAUAUGCAUGCUUAUAAAGGCUUAUUACAAAACGUCAAGGCAAUCGGACACCUACACAAGCCUUUAUAAACAUUUCCAAAGGCUUAUUACAAAAUGUUAAGACCAUAUGACACAUAUGCCACAUAACCCUAUAUUAAAGUUUAUGUAGGCUUAUUUGGUCUAUAUAAAGGUCCAUACAGGUUUAUGUCAGUUACCAAGAAAUAUAUGGACAGUAUGAAGACUACCCUUCAAUUAAGUGUCACCAUAAGUACUUAAAUUAUGAACAAAGCGUCCUGGAAACGAGAACACGUCUAAAGACAAAUUCAACAGAAAAUCUAAUGAGCUGUUGAUCAGCCAAGACAUGGUUGAUGUCUGACUUUUAGCUUUUUUGAGCUAACUUUGCUUACAAACACUGAGCUUAGACAGUCACAAAUUACAUCUCAGUAAACCAAACAUCUCUCAAAACCCAACUUUUCAUUAGCAUGACACAUGGGUGUGGUUUUGAACACAGAUUGGCUUCAUUUUAUCUAUAAACACAAACGCUUCCACAGAGCUGGACUCUCUGGAGUAACCGGAACUACUUUCAGCUCACCACAGUGUAUGGUAUGGUAUCACUCCAGUCACAGUUUAGCUUAACUAUCCAGUCCAGGGUUUGUUAGCAACAUUAGCUUAGCAUCUGCUGGUUUAACUAAAGAGGCACACUUCAGAUACCCAACAUGUCUUGGCUGAUCUGGGAUCAGUGAUCAGUCAAGUUUCUUCGACCUGCUCCUUUAAGUGAAGGGAAAAAAAGUAUCUGUGAGUAUAGUGAGUGUGUGUGUGUGUGUGUGUGUAUGGAUUUAGGCUAUAAAUAUGAAUUGAGAUUGCUAAGCCAUUUGCAUUUGUAUCGACAGUUUCCUAUUAUAGUGUGUGUAUGUGUGUGUGGUACAGAUGUGAAUGGAAUUUCUAAGCCAUUUGCAUUUCACCAUAUGGAGUGUGUGUAUGUGUGUGUGUGUGUGUGAGAGAGAGAGAGAGAGAGAGAGAGAGAGAGAGUGUAAUUGUGGAUGUGAAUGGAAUUUCUAAGCCAUUUGCAUUACACCAUAUGGAGUGUGUGUAUAUGUGUGUGUUUUGUCUGUUUGUGUGUGUGUGUGUGUGUGUGUGCUCAACAUUAAUGCCCCAAAAAUGCUUCUAUCUGCACCAUUUUCCCCUCAUUAUCAUUCAUUUGCAUAUAAAGCUUCUGAUUGGUUGUGGUCAUUUUGAUUAUUUUGACCUAUUUUACGAUGGCCUUAGUGUGAGACCCAGUAACCAGAAGCUGAAAAGUGACAUCAAAGUGGUGGAAGUGUGUGUGUGUGUGUAUGUAUGUGUGUGUGUGUGUGUGAACUGAUUAUUAUUCUGCACAUGCCCUCCCGCUUAUCCUCUCCCAGCCUUUACCCAAUCCACACACACACACACACACUGCUUUGCUCUGCAAUCACUUUACUCAAUGUGUGUGUGUGUGUGUGUGUGUGUGUCCAGCCCAUAGACAGUACUGCCGGCCUGUGGUCCUGCAGAUGAGCCAGACAUGCCGCUCUGUGAUGACUUUUGGAAAAGAGCCAUCAGACAUUGUGCUUAAUGAAAAAAACUCCACUGGCCAAGAAGCUCCGCUGUGGUCAUAUAUUUCACAGGCUGGACGGAAGCAUGACCUCAGUUUGGCCUUGUCAGAGUCGUUCCGCUGUCGGGAUAACUGACAGAUUAGUAAGUGCAUUACAGGCCAAAAGUAGUGAAGCUUCACGCUGUACUUUCUGAAUAAUAACAGAAAGAAACUUCUGGCCUGCAGUGAUGAUACUGCAGAUGUUUGUGUGUGUGUGUGUGUGUGUGAGUGAGUGAAGCCCAUCCCCAGGCCUGUGGGUGGGUCAAGCAUUCAAACCAGCCGAACAAUAGAAAGUAGAUCCUUGAUGGUAAAGUGAAUGUCGCUGAAGGUCAGACGAUCAGAGCAUGUCGCAAUGUGAGAGGGUUUGUAGAAUGUUGUCAAAAACGUGCUGAGAAUGUUGUGAGUUUAAGGAUAAAGUACGUCAGAAGACCGUCUUAGUUAAGUGUCUGAAGGAAGAGUGUGUGGUGGAGAUUCAAGGUCAACAGAAGGUCAAAAAGAAAGACAGUGAUGGUCAGAACAGAAAACAGACAAAGAAUGUCAAUGUCAAAUAAAUCAUGUUAAGUCAAAGAAAGACAAAGAAGAUCAAAGAAGGACAAAGGACAUCAAAAAAGAGAAGUCAAAGGAAAGUAAAAAAAGAUGGAUAUAUUCAAAAGAGGCCAAAGAAAGUGAAGGUCAAGAAUUUAAACACAUCAAAGAAGUUAAAGAUUGAUAAAUAAGAUCAAAUAAUGACAAAGAAAACCCAGGUCAUGAAAGACAAACAGUUCAAGAUCAAGAAAGUCAUAUAAAGCUAAAGAAAGUCAAAGUAGUUUAAAAAAAAUACACAAAUAAUAUUGCAGAAAGAUAAGUUAAGUCAGAGAUGGGAAAGAGGAGACAAAGGAGAACUAACAAAGUCAAGGUAUGGACAUCGAAAAGAGACAAAGAGACAAGUAGCCAAGGCAGGACAGUGAAGGAAGGAUUAGUAAUGUCACACCAAGGUUAAGAAGAUCAAAGAUGAUAAAAUAAAGACAAAAUCAGUAAACAAAGACAUCAAAAAGAGAUCAAGA